CAACCCAUCUCCUCCUCCACCGCCAAGGCGCGUGUGUAGAACUUCUUCCCCUCACGCCCCAUCCCACUCUGAAGCUAGCGGUUCCGGCCCCCGCUCAUCCCGUCGUGUCGUGUUCCUGUCCCAGAAUGCCCUGCGCCGAAUCAUGGACCACAAUGACAAUGAUUUGCAAGGCACCAAUAGUUCUGGCUCCUUGGGUGGUCUUGAUGUUCGCCGACGCAUUCCUAUAAAACUCAUCUCCAAACAGGCCACCAAAGCCAAACCAGCACCCCCUCGUCCUGCCAGGAAUAUGAAUAGGGGCCCAUCAAAGGCUGGUGAAGAAGAUAAUGACAUCCAGUUUUGACAUGGUAGUGGCUGGUCCAAAUCUCUUCUGUGGUUUUUGUAUGGUGUCAUCAGAUCAAAGUCAACAAAGGUGGGCUGAGCUAGACUGAUCUGUUUUCACUUUUAUCUCAAUAACCAACCUGUCCAUCACUCUGUAAGAAAUGGAACUGAAGAGCUCCCCUGCCCCCAGUCAUUCUCAAGGUGAACUUACGCUAUUCCUCAGACAAGAAGAAUUUGAUUAUAACGAAGAACAGCAGUAUGAAUGCAAAGGUAGUGAUGUAUUUGGUAAUCAAAGAAGGUUCCCUGGACAUCUCUUCUGGGACUUCAAGAUAAAUUUACUCGGAGAAAAAGAUGAUACCCCCGUCCAUUUCUGUGACAAGUGUGGACUGCCCAUCAAGAUGUAUGGACGCAUGAUACCUUGCAAGCAUGUUUUCUGCUACGAGUGUGCUCUGUUGCAUGAAAAGAAAGGUGACAAGAUGUGUCCAGGCUGUAACGAAUCUGUACAGCGAAUUGAGCAGUGUGUACGAGGGUCUCUCUUCAUGUGUAGCAUUGUCCAAGGAUGCAAGAGAACAUACUUAUCCCAGAGAGACUUGCAGGCUCACAUCAACCACCGUCACAUGAGAGCAGGGAAACCAGUUGCACGUCCUCCUCUAGAGCCUGUUCAUCCUCCUGUUGCUCCGCCUCCUGCUGAGAUCCCGGAGCGGUUCAUAAUGCCUUCGGACAAGCACCAUCUGAGCCACAUUCCACCAAAGCAGCACAUCAUGAUGCCACCUCCACCACUUCAGCACGUGCCACAUGAGCAUUAUAACCAGCCACACGAAGACAUCCGGGCAUCCCCAGCAGAGAUGUCCAUGGCUCCACCUCCCCCUCGCUCAGUCAGUCAAGACACCUUUCGUAUUUCAACAAGAAAACACAGCAAUCUCAUCACUGUGCCCAUACAGGAUGAUUCAAACUCUGGUACUCGAGAACCACCACCACCUGCCCCAGCACCUACUCACCAUCAUCCUGAAUACCAGGGUCAACCUGUGGUUUCCCACCCUCAUCAUAUUAUGCCGCCACAGCAACAUUAUGCACCACCCCCUCCCCCACCCCCGCCAAUAAGCCAUCCAAUGCAACAUCCCCCCCAGGGUGCAGGUACUCCUCAUCUGGUUUACAGCCAAGCUCCACCCCCUCCAAUGACCUCUGCCCCUCCACCAAUAACUCCUCCCCCUGGACAUAUUAUUGCCCAACUGCCACCAUAUAUGAAUCAUCCUCCUCCGGGACCACCACCACCUCAGCAUGGUGGCCCACCGGUCAAUGUCAGUGCACCCCCUCCCCAUCACUACAACCCUAAUGCUUUGCCACAGUUCAGUGAAGAUCAAGGAACUCUCAGUCCACCUUUCACACAGCCAGGGGGAAUGAGUCCAGGUAUUUGGCCUGCUCCAAGAGGGCCACCUCCACCUCCACCAAGAAUGCAAGGUCCACCUUCUCAGGCUCCACUUCCUGGACCACACCACCCUGACCAGGCCAGAUACAGGCCAUACUAUCAAUGAUAUUAAGAGUAACUUGAACUAAUGUAUGAUAUAGGAAGGAUAACAUCCUAAACAGGGGCUUUUAAAUGAACCUGACUGUUUGGGGAUUUCUCCCCCCUUCCCUCAAAUUUAUUUGAGGGGAAGAAAAAACCUUAUGACUGUAAAACUCUCUGGGGACUUGAAUCUUAAGGUAAAAGUUUUAAAACUUGACUGUAGGACUUUGAUGCCUGAUAUAUUGUAGUGUUAAGAAAAAGUGGCUCUGUAGUUAAGAACUACAUUUUAACAGACAUUGUGCUGUAGCCUGGUUGAUCUACCCCCAGCUAUGAAUGUUUGUGAGACUUCUCAAACAACCCAACAUUUAUUGUACCACUCUUAAAGUCUUCUUGUUAAAUCUGAUGCUUAGUUUCACUUGUGAUCCUUUUUUCUCUUUAUUUUUGUCAACCUGUGUAUAAUUAAAUUUAAGAUACAGUCCAAAAAUGUUUGCGGCCCCCCCCCCCCCCAAUGGAUGGAAUUUAUUUCUACUUCUUGUUUAGGGGCAGAGUAGAGUGUAAAGAAAGAAGAAAUCAUUUUUUGUAUUUGCAUUUCUCCAGCCAGCAUGACAACACUUCAUAUAAUUGGUUGUUGAGCUGUUACAGAGAAUUAGUAAAAAGAAUAGGUCAAGGAACCUUUUCUUGUCGUAUGAAUGUUGUUACUGAGGAAGCAUUUUUUUGAAUUUCACAGAAGACAUGGGUAUAUGAAGUCAGAGCCUUCUUCAGCUAGGCAUGCAAAAGUUUUCUUUUUCCCUUUAGCAUUUCAUUUUUAAGAGGAGGUUACAGAAGUUUAUUUUACAGUAAUAACAUCAUAGCAGAAGCUGUUAAGUUCAUAACAAAUUUAAGGUGCUCCCCUAUACACAAAAUAAAACGUGCUUCACUGUUUACAGAUCAUUCUAUGUUGAGGUGACUUUGGAAAUAAGUUACGAUAAUGUUGAAAUUUGAGCUCAGUUUCUGUGUGUUGAAUUCUGAAUCCGUUUUUCAGUUACAAAAGGCACUUCUGCUAGUAGAGUGGAAUUUCCUUCCACCCUCUCAGUUCUUCAAAAGGAAGCUCCUAGGGGAUAAGGGACCUUCAGGAAUAACAUGAGGGUUGAAUUGGGGGGCCUUCACUUUGGGGGGAUCAAUUAAAAUGUCCCCUCCCUCUUCUGAUGGCAGAAAAUAAUUCCACCCUGCCACUCCCCACCCCCACCAUUCCCUAGUUAAAUAGUAAAAUUUAGGUGGCUUUGUCUGAAUUUCCUGUGUGGUAUAUUACUUACCAAUGCAACUAGAUGGUUUGAGAAUUAGAGACCACUUCAUACAUUAAGCUUUUUACAUGUAACAUGUUAUACGUGUAAGCAUUUUUUGUAGCCAAUCAGUGCUUGCUACCAGUUGUAUCAUUCAUCCUCAGGGAGAUGGAAUGGAUGGGUGGUGAUCAAUGUGUUUGCUGCUGGGUAGCACAGUGUCUCACAGACUCCUUCACAUGAUAAAUAUCCGUGGUGAGGGAUCUGGAUGCAGUUCUGCUGACUUGAAAAAUGACCAACUGAUACUGUGAAUGACCCCCGCCCCCCACAAACACAUCUCUCUUGGGACUGGCUAGCUGUGACCUUGCAUACUUCCUUAAAAUGUUUGCUAAGGACAAAUGCAGAUGUAACUGAGGCAAUCUCUUAACUCCAGUUAAGAGUGCAGGAACAGAUAACAACAGGAUGUACACUGUCCCACCCACCCCCAAUGGUACAAAUCUCCCACAUUUAACAGCUUUAAAAUAGUGCCAUGAACAUAAACUGGUUAAGAGUAACAAGGUUGCCUGUUCAGCUAAAGGGUUGGAUCCAAAGCCCAACCUGUUUAGUGAAACUGUGGGACAGGGCUCCCCUGCCUUCCCCUUUCUGCUAUAGCUCACUAAGCCUCUGAAAUUGAGGUCAGGGGACCCUCAAGAACAGAGCAGGAAGGGUGAAGCAGAGUUCAGUGUUGGAGGAGAGGAAAUCAGUUGAGAAAAAUCACGCUUUCCCAUCAGCAGAAGUUCUGUAACACCAACAGAGUGAUUUCUUUUGAUCUAGUCCAGUAUUCUUAUUCUUCGUUGUUGCUUGGGGUUGCUUAGCAAAUCCAACAGAGAACCAGAAUAACUAAAGUAAAUGUUGGUGACAAACUAAAUCUCAUCUGUGUAGAUAUGGGAUGGGUGUGUGUGUGAGAGAGAGUGGAGAACUGCACCAGAGAAAGAUUAUAAUCGAUGUUAAGAUAGAGCGUUGGAUCCUGUCGAAAUAUCUGUGCAUAUGAGGGGGUAGACUUCUCUGAUUCCUCCCUCCCUUGGUAUCCCUCAAACGUAGCUUUCUUGCUGUAGUUGGGGGCCCCAUUCUCCAAGAAUGGCGUUUUGGAACUGAUGUGGGUGGCUGGAGGUGGGCAAGCUGUGUUUCUGUGCGUGGAAAUUUUAAGCGUGAUCCACCCCAUAGCUCUCUUUAUGUCUAAAGUCUGAUAAAUUGGUUUGCAAAAGAAAAGACACACUUAUGUAGCAUUUUCAGUAGUUUGUGCAUUGCAUUCUCAAAUUGCAUCUAUUAGGUGUAGGACUGGAAUCUGUGUUGUUUCUUUAGGAAGACCUGUGCCAGUUUUUCUUUUUCUUAAAUAUUUAGUACUAUGUAACUUUUCCUAUUAGCAAUUCCAUUAGAGAUUUAGGACUUACUAUAUGAUACGGGGAGCACAGCCCAUACUUAAAUUGCUUCUUUGGCUUUGCUAAACCUUGGUUCAGCUCUAGUGCAGCACAGUGUCAAGACUGACUCAUGGACUGGAAUGCUCAGUUUCUUCAGCAUCAAAGAGAUGUAGCCAGCAAGUUCAUCAUGAUGAGAAUCCGCAUCCACAUCUGGACACAUUAUCUCCCAUAGUUGUGUGUUAAACAUUUGCAUUUGUACUUCUUUAAACCUCAAAAAAAUUAUUCAGUCUGCCAGCGGAAUUUCAAUUCCCCAUAAAUGUUAUUAAAUAGGAUUUUGAUGGAUCCCCCCCCUCCCCCCGGCAUGCAAUUAAUACAAAUAAUAUGGUACUCUUCUACUUACAAAACACAGAUCACUGGUAGGUUUUAAGAACGAGGGUGUUUGUUGUAUUCUUACGGUUUUGACUGAUGAUGUUCAAGCAAAUAAAUGUGCUGCUGUCCUUUGAA